AUGGGUCGCGUUCGUACCAAGACUGUCAAGAAGUCCGCCAAGGUCAUCAUUGAGCGGUACUACCCCCGUCUCACUCUCGACUUCGAGACCAACAAGCGCAUCUGCGAUGAGAUCGCCAUCAUUGCCUCCAAGCGCCUCCGCAACAAGAUUGCCGGCUACACCACCCACUUGAUGAAGCGUAUUCAGCGUGGACCCGUCCGUGGUAUCUCCUUCAAGCUUCAGGAGGAGGAGCGUGAGCGCAAGGAUCAGUUUGUUCCUGAGGUCUCUGCUCUGGACUUCUCCGAGGCUGGCCAGCUGGAUGUCGACAACGAGACCAAGGACCUGCUCAAGCACCUUGGCUUCGACUCCAUCCCCGUCAACGUCAUCCCCGUCUCUCAGGCUCAGGCCCCCGAGCGUGGCCAGCGCCGCUUCGGUGACCGCCCUCGUCGCGACUAA